AUGGAUAGACUGGCCUUCUGCUGCUUGCUCUUCGUGGGACUCCUGAACCCACUCCUGUCCCUUUCCGUCCCUGAUACGGGGGAGAAGGCUCCUCAGCGUCCAGUGCUUGAAGAAGAUGCUCGGCUGGCUCUGGAGGAGCUGGAGAGGGUUGCCCUUCUGCAGACGCUGCGACAGACAGUGGGCACAGAGGCAGGUGGAGGCUUCAGCGAAGCAGAUCCCAGUGAUGAUAUUCCCACCCCAAGGGGAAGCUUGAGAAAGGCUUUCUCUGGACAAGAUUCUAACACUGUACUGAGUCGUCUUUUGGCAAGAACCAGGAAACAACAUAAGCAAUAUGGGACUGUCUCGGAGUGCUUCUGGAAAUACUGCAUUUGA